UGCCGCUGUGAUCUCACUGUUGUCGCUGUGCAGUGGAGGCGUUUUUUUUUCUGAGUGCAGCCUACCGCAAGAAAUGGAUGUGUUUCUAAUGAUCCGACGUCACAAGACGACCAUCUUCACAGAUGCCAAAGAGUCUACCACAGUCUAUGAACUGAAGCGCAUAGUGGAAGGCAUUUUAAAGAGGCCACCUGAAGAUCAGAGGCUUUAUAAGGAUGACGUGCUGCUUAAUGACGGUCAAACUCUUGGCAAUUGUGGCUUCACAAAUCAAACAGCCCGACCUCAGGCCCCAGCCACGGUGGGAUUAGCUUUUCGUCUGGGUGAUGAUUCAUUUGAGCAGCUGAGGAUCGAGCCCUUCUCCACUCCCCCAGAGCUCCCUGACGUCAUGAAGCCCCAGGACUCGGGCAGCACAGCCAACGAGCAGGCUGUACAGUGAGGCAGUAGGCGGGGAAAGGAGAGGGACGCACAGGGGGUCUGAGGGAGGACGCACGGGGGGGUGGGAGGGGUUGAAUUUUGGGAAGUGAUGCCUCAGCGGGUGAGUUUUACCUUGCCUGUCUUCAGCUGGGCAUAAACAAUUACAAACACGGAUUCCCCUUGUUGUAAAUGUGAGGGCGGGUGCUUCAAAGUGGUUCAUUUGUCCUGAAAUCGGAGUACGCAUGCUAAAUUGAUACUUUCACACAAGACCCUUCAGAGAUACCUGACGGACUUGUCAUGACACUGUCAGUCAUCCAUGGGAUUGGUAAAGGCUGAACAUAAAGAAUUGUACCUCGUAUUUAAUGAAUUCUAGUCUUUAUUUGAGGUAAGGCUAAUGCAACCUUACUUGUGUUUUUUAUUUUGCUGGCUUAAAUGUGGGAGUUGAUAAGGUGUGACAUUUUUAGGCUUUUAUGUUUGUGUGUUUCUUUAUUAAACUAUUACUAGGAUUUAACAUGUUUUUGGUCUUUGGCCUGGAUAUGUGUUGCAACAAUAGCUAGGAGUUUGUGAAUUUCUAAGUUACUAUCUGUAUUUCAAGAACUUUUGAACAAUAUGAAUCUGAAAUAAAAUAGAUUCACUUGUUGGCAGAUCUGGCAUUAAGGUGAGGAUUUCUUGGUACUUUAUCUCUCAGUAGUUGUAGUUUUCAUACUGUAGCUGCUCACAGGUGUUACUGAGACUGAAUGCACUCAGUUGUGGGUAUCUACAACACAUUUAAUGCUGGCAUGGGCCUGGUGUUGAAAAUGAAAUGAGCGACAGGCAUAGCAGCAAAAAUAAUGAUUAUUGAUUAAUUUAUAUUACUAACAGGUGGGAACUAACCAACUUUCCUCUCCAAUGUUUGAUUGUAGCCCAUGAAAUCAUGGAGAUGUUGGUGAGGUCUUGCUAAUUUCAAUCAUUGGGCCUAAUUGUUUAUAGUAAACAUAAAACAUUUUAACGUUAAACAGAUAGUUUGUUGUGUGAUGAGUUAUGGAACUGUGUCUGUGAAAGGUGGGCUGCACACUUGACCCUCCAUUAUCACCAGUAUCACUGCCCAUUUAGUUUUAGUUCAUGCUGCAACUUGUGUUGUGUUAUACACCAUUAAUACCUUAAUAAACAUUGUUUUCUUAAAAGUAAGAGAGGAAUAGAAAUGAACUCUUCUGCACAACAAAUCAUCAAAUUAAAACUAUAAAAAUGGGUCUCAUGAUCUAGAAAGCUACAAUUAAAAACAAAAGUCCGCCAUUAUUUAGCACAGGAAAGGAUAUUCUGACUUGGGGGGUGUUGAAUGAAAUAGCAAAACAAAAAGCAUUUGCAAAUUGAGGCUGUUAAACAGUGGGACAUGAUCAAAGUUGCACUUGUAACUGAUUUGACAUUAAAGCAACUGUUUUUCACCCUUG